CGUACUACGGAAAUUGGUGAUCCUUUGGGGUGCUAUCGGAAAAAUGGAUGGCCGUGGAAAAAAAAGGGUUAAAGAAAGUUAAACUUUUACGAAAAGAAACAUUGCUUUUUAAACAAAAAUGUUAAACAGCGCAUUUCUCAAAAACACGGUUCUUAUGAGUUUAGUACGUUUCCCGUUUUCUUCCUGCUGGCGCUUACAGGAUUUACGAAUUGCACAUGAACGCAUCCCGAGUAGGACCUGACAGGAAAUGAAAGCUCUGUGUUUGGGCAGACGUUUUCUCCCAGCUGACGUGGUGAUGGACAUGCAGACAGAUCUCCAUGGACUACAAUGUUCACAGACAACACUGUGGUCUGUAGGGAGCAGGUGGAAGAGAGCCUGGAGAGGUGGAGGUGUGCCCUAGAGAGAAGAGGAAUGAAAGUCAGUAGAAGCAAGACAGAAUACAUGGGUAUGAACGAGAGGGACACGGGUGUAACAGUGAAGAUGGACUCCAGGACUCCAAAUACCUGAAGAGUGCAGGCAGGGUUGAGAGGAGUGUCAGGGGUGAUUUGUGACAGAAAUAUAGCAACAAGAGUGAAAGAGAACAUUUACACAAUGGUAGUGAGACCUGUUAUGAUGUAUGGUUUGGAGACAAUGCCACUAACAAAAAGACAGGAGGUGUAGGUGGCAGAGUUGAAAAUGUUAAGAUCUUCUUUGGGAGGAUGGACAGGAUUAGAGAUGAGUACAUCAGAGGGACAGCUCAGGUUGAGUGGUUUGGAGACAGCGUUAGAGGGGAAAGCACAGGGGGACAUGUGCAGAGGAGGGAUAGUGGAAAUACUGGACAAAGGCUGUUGAAUACGGAGCUGCCAGGUAGAAGGAAACGAAGACCACUGAGAAGAUUUGUGGAUGUAGUGAAGGAGGACAUGCAGGGAGCUGGUGUUAACAGAAGGAUAUUUUCUCCUCCCCCACACCCUCACCUGGUGAGCCUGGUCUCCAUUCUCCACCAUGGACAAUCUAGAGGAGGACCUGACGUGCUCCGUGUGCUACUCUCUGUUCUCUGACCCGCGAGUCCUGCCUUGUUCACACACCUUCUGUAAGACCUGCCUGGACAACUUGCUCCAGGUGUCGACCAACUAUUCCAUCUGGCGUCCGCUCCGGCUGCCGCUAAAAUGCCCCAACUGUCGCAGUGUGGUGGAGCUGCCCCCAGCGGGUGUAGACGCUCUGCCCACCAAUGUGUCUCUGCGGGCUAUCAUCGAGAAAUAUCAGAUGGACAGUGAGCCGCGACCGCCUUCCUGUCCGGAGCACCACAGGCAGCCUCUGAACAUGUACUGCAUCCAGGAUCGGCAGCUCAUCUGCGGGAUGUGUCUGACUGUGGGGCAGCACCACGGCCACCCCAUCGACGACCUGCAGGCAGCUUUUAUCCGAGAAAAACGGACACCAUCGCAGCUGCUGAAAAAGCUCUCUGAAGAGAGAUGGGCACAGGUGUGUGAGCUGGGGGAACAGCUGGAGCAGGAGAAGGCCCGUUGUGAGGGUGUGGUGAGGCAGGACCGUCAGGAAGUCAGUCAGUUUUUUCAAACUCUGGAGGUGGUACUGGCCAGGAAGAGGCAAGCCUACUUGGAUGCUCUAGAUAAAGCUGAAGCAGCGGUGUCGAGGGUGUAUGACCCCCUCAUCCACCGAGUGAAGGAGCUACAGGAAGAACAGUUGGAUCUGGUGUCCUUGGGUUCUUCAGUAGAAGAGGAGGACUCGCCCCUGGUCUUCUUGGAGAAGGUGCAUUUGUUCAGAGAGAGAGUUGAGGAGUUUAUCAAAACCCCUCUGCCGUCUGUGACAAACCUCUCCGUGACUCCGCGAGCAGCAGACUAUCUUCAGCAGCACUGGUCUGCUGUGACCAUCGGAAGCCUGGAGGAGGCACCUGUUCCUAAGGUGCGCUGCUGUGCCAGAUGUGGCGGUGCUGGGAGUGAAGCUGGAAAAGAAUGCUCCAACAGAGGAGUCCAGGAUGUGUGGUGUGAGCUGCAGCCUACUGUAUCUGUAGUGCUGUUGGGGCUGCUGUUGCUGUUGGCGGUGCUGUGGAUGAACCCGGUCGGUGGGGCAUCACUCGGCUUCUCUCUCAUGUCUCGGCUCAGCCACUUGGUCCACAGCCUGAGCCGCGAACUCAUCACGUGCAUCUGGGACACGGUGGGAUUAGUGUAUACUGUGGUGGGGGUUGCUGUGGAUAGAUGGAGCUCACAGCUCUCUUCAGUUGCGGUUAAGGGCUUUGAGCACCUGGCUGCCUUAUUUAAAACUCUGACUUCUCGCUGAAAAAGGCCUAACUGCAUCAGAAAACCUUUAACUUCUGUUUAGAAUAAAAAAAGAAAAAAAAAAACUCACUUCCCUGUUUGUGUAGAGAAGGAAAGAAUCCACCCUAAAACGGUUUGUAAACAGCUGCUAUUCAAUUUUGCAUUCGUUUUUUUUUUUUUUUUGAAAAUGAAACCCAAAAUGGUGAACGAGAUAUUGCUGACGUUUACACAGCGAGAAGCAGGGACAGUAGCCUUUUUCACAAACCAGAGAAUUAGUCAUUCCAAAAAAUUCCGGCAGUAGAUGCAAAAAUGAUGAUUGAACAAAACUAUAAGAGGUUCAGUAGAAAUGCCUUAAUCACAUCACUGCCUUUUUUAAUAUGCAAAAGGUUAUGUGUGUUUCUGAGGGGCGAUUUCUCUCCUUGGCCUCACUUCACUGCAGGGAAGUCAUGUGACUCAUCUGUGCCUUCCGUGCUCUGUAACGGCACAAAAAUGAUGCUGUAACUGUCUUUUAAGUGCAUUUUUUUGUAGCCUUAAAAAUAUUGACAAAUGUUGACAUUGCUCUUCUCUGGAAAUGUAUUAUUCUAAAUAAUGUUUAGACUGUCUAACAAGCAUUUAUCAAACACUAAUCCAUAUAAACCAGUACUCCUCUUUCCCGUGGGACAUUUCAGUAGCUUUCCUGCUGUUUGCGUCUGAACUCGGGACACGAGCAAGUCCUCACACAGAGCUAUUUACAGUGACUGGAGCAGUAUAUGAAAUUUAGAGCCUGGUGAGUGGAAGCAGACACACAUUGCACCUGAGUUAAAGCCUCCACAGAUCAUGUUGCAGGGAUGCUGAGCGCCUCCCUGACUGUGCCUUUAACCAUCAUGCCUUCACCUCACCUCACUUAAUGGCAUUAUGGUAAUUCCACCAGGACCAAUACAUCGUUCCCAGGAGUUUUUUUUUUUUUUUUAAACUAAAUGCUGCCCUGACUUAGUCAAUUUUAAAAGUUGUUACAGCUUUACCCAAACUUUACCCACAGAAAUGUUUUUUGCUCAGUUUAGGAGGGCAGCUCUUUACUGAAACACCAGCACGAGUAUCAGCAGAUAUCAGUACACUGAAAUGUUACCUGUUAGUGUUUGUACUUUUAUAAACUUCAUAUUUUGAAAAAUAAGUCUUCAGAAUUUUCAGAGGUGAGAUGAAGUUUGCGCAGCUGUUUGUGUGAAAUAUCUGCAGUUCAAGAGAGUGCCGUUACUCGUGUGACGCUUCAAGUUUUAAAGUAUUGGUGUAUACUUUUGGCAUCAAAACCUACUAAACUACAAUAAAUAUUUCUUAUUAAAAAAAUUGUAUUUGAGAAAAGAAUAGCAGCAUUUUAUUAUGAAGAACAAGAAACAAUUUACAAGAUGUGUGAAAAGUAAAGUUGAACAGCAGAGAUUAUCUUCAGGCGGUGACAGCAUCGUGCUCUUUGAAGACGAUGGUCUUGGGGUUGAUUCCCACACUCUUGGUGGUGUUGUUAGUUUUGUAGAUGCCGAUGAGACGAUCGGCGAUCUCGAACAUGUUGUUCCUCAGGGAGAUGAUGAUGAACUGAGCAUUCUUUGUUUGCUCCUGAAAGGGGGAAAAAAAAAAAAAAAGUUUCCUCAGUUUUACACCACUUUGCUACUGAACUUUAAAAGUGAGCUUUUGAGCUCCAUACUCACAUAAAUGUAACAAGCCACAAUAGAGACAUUCUUGAAAUCAAGAGCAGCAUCUAUCUCAUCCAUGAAGUAGAGAGGUGUAGGUUUAUAAUGGUGAAGCGCAAACACCAGGGCCAAGGAGCUGAGGGUCUUUUCUCCUCCCGACAGGUUAAAGAUCUUCUUCCAGCUUUUCUUUGGAGGACGAACACUAGAAGGGGGAAGAAAAAAAAAAAAAAAAAAAAA